AUGAAGACCCAGUUGUUGUUCUGCACAGUUAUCCUGCUCGUUCCCUUCUUCCGCAGUGGGGACUGCCGAGCCCUGGACAGCUCCACACCAACCAGAAACCGCCCGGAUCCCCAGGCACCACUCCAACAGUCCCUUGGCCCAUUCUGGAUCCGCAAUGGGGAGGAAUACCUCAUGCUUCCGCGGAAAGAUUCCAAGGAUAGCAGCGGGGUCUCUCCUACCCGGUGGCAGAUGGUCCUUUCUGAGGCGCCUUUCUCGGCGCAGCUUCAACACAUUCUGCGGGAGCCAGUCGGAGACUUGGAGCAAGUUAGCAGCAGGUACCAGGCUGAAAGGGAUGAGAUGCUAGACAGAGGGAAGAGGCUAGACGACCCUCCCACUUCUCUGGAUCUAACAUUCCACCUUCUCCGGGAAGUGCUGGAGAUGGCCAGAGCUGAACAAAUGGAGCAACAGGCGCACAGCAACCGCAAAAUAAUGGAGCUCAUCGGCUAAGAGGGAGACGACCCCACCAAGAGCAUCAAUCCUAGCGCUGCUCUGACACUAGUGUUUAUUUUUAUAGCGCUAAACUGUUUAAG